CCACAUACAAAACUUCAUUGACUCUCUCUCUGCUCUCUCUCUCUCUUGACUCUUCUCUCUCUAGUCUCUAGCUAGCCUGACUGAAUCGAGGACGUGGAGCCCAAACCGGUCCUCUGCUUUGCUGGCUCCAAGCUCUCAAUUGGGUGCCUUCUUUAAUGGGUUUUGUCUGCUGAGCAUCACCAGACCUUCACUUGGCCCCAAUCGAACUUCGUUCUCUCUCUCUCUCUCUCUCUCUCUCUCUCUCUCUCUCUCUCUCUCUCCCCCUAAUUGAAAACUCUCUCUUGUUUGCUCGAUCAUUGACAACUCUCUCUCUCUCUCUCUCUCUCUCUCUCUUGUUGUUACUCCAUCACCUCGUCAUAUCUCCAUACCCAACUACAAAACCCACUUCACUUUCUCUUUGAUUCCAACGGAUCCUCAGAUCCAACUCUUUCACUUUCAGAUCUUCCCAUCCUUCGAUUAUCAAGACAAGGAAACAGUUCAAAAUUGAGGUUUGUUAGAUGCGGAGACUUUGUGGGGGGAUUUGGGGGAAAUGAGGUAUGUUAACCCGGUUGAUGAACUACUUGAGGGCCUGUUUUCGGCCGAGGUCGGAUGGGCAUGUUCAUGCGGGUUCGGAUUCCUGUGGUAAGCAAGAAGGGCUUUUAUGGUACAAAGAUACAGGACAACAUUCUAAUGGGGAAUUCUCAAUGGCUGUGGUUCAAGCCAACAAUUUACUCGAGGAUCAGAGCCAAAUUGAGUCAGGUUGCUUGAGCACAAAUGACUUGGGUCCAUUUGGAACCUUUGUUGGUGUUUAUGAUGGGCAUGGAGGCCCCGAGACUGCUCGAUACAUCAAUCAAUACCUCUUCCAGCAUCUCAAGAAGUUUACUCAUGAGCAACAAUCUAUGUCGGCGGAUGUAAUACGGAAGGCAUUCCAAGCAACAGAGGAGGGGUUUCUCUCUGUUGUUACCAGACAAUGGCCAAUGGCACCGCAGAUUGCAGCUGUAGGAUCUUGCUGCCUGGUCGGUGUUAUUUGCAAUGGAACCCUUUACAUUGCCAACGUUGGUGAUUCGAGAGCUGUUUUGGGGAGACUUGUCAAAUCACCAGGGGAGGUUCUGGCCAUUCAGCUCUCAGCAGAGCACAAUGUGGCUAUAGAGUCUGUGAGACAGGAGUUGCGUUCUUUGCACCCGGAUGACUCACAAAUAGUUGUUUUAAAGCAUAACGUAUGGCGUGUGAAGGGCCUCAUACAAAUUUCAAGAUCUAUUGGUGAUUUCUAUUUGAAAAAGGCAGAGUUCAAUAGGGAGCCCUUAUAUGCUAAGUUUCGGCUACGCGAACCUCUUAGAAGGCCGGUCUUGAGCUCUGAACCGUCGAUUUCGGUGCACCCGCUUCAGCCGCAUGAUCUGUUUAUUAUAUUCGCUUCAGAUGGUCUCUGGGAGCACUUAAGCAACCAGGAAGCAGUGGAUUUGGUUCAAAAUCAUCGUCGCAACGGAAGUGCGAAAAGGUUGGUGAAAGUUGCUCUGCGAGAAGCGGCGAAGAAGAGAGAGAUGAGGUAUUCAGACUUGAAGAAGAUCGAUCGUGGUGUCCGCCGGCAUUUCCACGACGACAUCACGGUAGUUGUUGUUUUUCUCGAUUCUAAUCUGGUGAGCAGGGCCAGCUCGGUCCGUAGUCCCAACCUGUCCGUGAAAGGGGGCGGAGUCAACCUCCCUUCCAACACUCUUGUCCCCUGCACUACUCCCACCUGAGGAAGGACCGAAGGAGGAGAAGAAGAAGAAGAAGUGGGUUCUAGUGCUGUUCAUAACUUCAUAUGUUCUACUAUUGUGUGGUGUGAAUACCAGGUAUCUGCUAAAGGAUAUGAUUCUUGAAAAGAGCAUGCUGUUAAUUCUUUCUUUAAAAGUACAUUGUAGCCUUCCACUGUGAGAAGUAAAACUUGGGUUGUGUAUCUUAAACCCAAGAAAGGACUGAAAAAUCCCUUGGUGCAGUUCUAUUUUUUAGUAGUACUAUGUUCCUGACUUUUA